GGCCCGCCUCCCCUAUCUGACUUCCUGGUGCGUUUCAAACGGCCGCGAGCGGGUUUUGAAGAAAAGUCCAAAGUAGUUGGGGACCCUGUGAGGAAGAGAAUGAACUCGGAGACGAGGCUCCGGUCCCGGUGUGAAUUCUGCUCGGUGUCUACACCCCGCGUCACUUAGGGAUUCACGGUUCUCGGCAUGUGUUUCGCGGGCUGACGCGCGGACGAGACGCCGCGGGGAACGAACAGGACGCGCUCCCUGCUAGCUGCUAGCUGCUGCUAGCCACGUAGCUAGCGAGCUAGCAGGCGGUUGCUUUUGGAGUUAGCUUAGCGGAAGAAGGUGCCGUGACGCUGAGAGGAGGACAACAUGGAGAAUAAGGAUAAAGUACUGAUGAGGAACCACCCGCGCAGACAGCUGAAGAAGCUGAGCGAGGACAGCCUCACCAAGCAGCCAGAGGAAGUCUUUGACGUCCUGGAGAAGUUGGGUGAAGGGUCGUAUGGUUGUGUGUUCAAAGCCCAUUACAAAGAGACUGGGGAGAUCGUAGCCAUCAAGCAGGUCCCUGUGGAGUCGGACCUGCAGGAGAUCAUCAAAGAGAUCUCCAUCAUGCAGCAGUGCAACAGCCCUCACGUGGUGCGCUACUACGGCAGCUACUUCAAGAACAGCGACCUGUGGAUCGUCAUGGAGUACUGUGGAGCCGGAUCCGUCUCUGACAUCAUCCGGUUACGCAACAAGACGAUGACAGAGGAGGAGAUCUGCGCCAUCCUGCAGUCCACUCUGAAGGGUCUGGAGUAUCUUCACUUCAUGAGGAAGAUCCACAGAGACAUCAAAGCAGGAAACAUCCUGCUGAACUCUGAGGGUCAGGCCAAGCUGGCCGACUUUGGGGUGGCCGGACAGCUCACGGACACCAUGGCCAAGAGGAACACGGUCAUCGGGACGCCCUUCUGGAUGGCUCCGGAGGUCAUACAGGAGAUCGGGUACAACUGUGUGGCAGACAUCUGGUCCCUGGGCAUCACGGCCAUCGAGAUGGCCGAGGGCAAGCCGCCCUACGCCGACAUACAUCCCAUGAGGGCCAUCUUCAUGAUUCCCACCAACCCUCCACCGACCUUCAGGAAUCCCGAUCUGUGGUCACUGUCGUUCCAGGACUUCGUCAGCCAGUGUUUGGUGAAGAACCCUGAAAACAGGGCCACGGCCACACAGUUACUGCAGCAUCCCUUCAUCAAGUCGGCUAAGCCCAGCUCGGUCCUCCGAGCUCUGAUCACAGACGCCAUGGAGAUCAAACUGAAAAGACAAGAGGAGGCCGAGCAGAGACAGCAGGAGGACGAAGACAACUCGGACGAGGACGAGGUGGACCAGGGCACGAUGGUGCGGGCGGGUCCAGGCGACUCGGGGACCGUCCGGGCCGCCGGCUCGUUGUCGGGUUCCCUCAGCAGCACGGCUCGGACCAUGAUCGCCCACGACGACGACGACACGGGGACCAUGAGGUCACAGCUGGGCACCAUGGUCAUCAACUCUGACGAAGAGGACGAGGAAGAAGCCGGCACCAUGAAGAGGAGAGACGAGACGAUGCAGCCGGCCAAGCCCUCCUUCCUCGAGUACUUUGAGCAGAAAGAGAAGGAGGCCAACAGCCACAGGGGAGAAGGAGGAGACACUGCAGACAACUGCAGGCCGCCUGAAGGAGACCUGCAGGUGGUGAGCUCGUGGUCGGUGGAGGAGCUCCGCCUCCGUCUGGCCUCUCUGGACCCUCAGAUGGAGCAGGAGAUAGAGGAGAUCCGGCAGCGCUACCAGACCAAGAGGAGGCCCAUCCUGGACGCCAUCGAGGCCAAGAAGCGCCGGCAGCAGAACUUCUGAGGGGGAAACCAUAGAAGAAGAACUUCCAACCUCUGAGGGAACCGUUUUAUAGGUCCUUCAGCAGAGGAUCUGAACUCUGCAGAUCUUCCUCUUUGUUACACUGGAUUCAUUCUUCUUCUUUACGUCGCGGUACAUCAUUGCUUAAAGUACC